AUGGCGCCCGCUCAAGCGAAUUUCGCGCCAAGCUUGGAAAAGCUGCGCAAGUCACUCAAGUCACAACCUCUCGAGACUUCCAUUGAGGCCUUGAUAUCACAACUCAAACGUCGUCAAAUCACCGGCCCGCAACAAUGCGCCGUUGCCACCGCCCACAUCCUCCUCCAAGUCGUCGCCCGCGGCAGGUGGAAGGAUGUCGAUCAGCUGCUCGACAACGUCCAGCAGACCGGCCGUAGGAUCGGAAGUGCGCGCCCGAACGAGCUCGUCAUUGGCAACAUUACAAAACGCGUCAUGGGCCUGAUCCGCGACGAAGCGAUGGAGGACCGCAACGCAGAGAUCGACGACAGCGCCGCCCCCAGCCCAGCAAAGGGUGCCUCCUCUCCUGCAAUCAAGGGGACUGCCUCGUCCACACCCCCGGCUAUUCAGAGCACGCCCAGGCUUCUGACCCGCCAGUCGACAUUUGCACAGGCAUCGCCGCAUGUCACGGCACAGUCGAUUUUUAGCACGCUGCUGUCCGAGUCGACAGAUCCUAGCGUGGCCAGCGGCUCCCCGUUCAGGUAUUCUGGAGCAUCAACGCCCCGGGGUGGUGGUGCAGGUUUGGCAAUCGGUGGCGCCGUGGCCAACAUUGCGUCUCUGCGCAACGAGGUUAUCGAGGGUAUCGAGGAGAUUCUGGACGAGAUAUCGCAGGCAGACGAUCAGAUAGCUGCGCUUGGCGACACAUACAUCAACCCGGACGACUACGUGAUGGUCUAUAAACCGUCUUCGACGGUUGAGAAGUUUCUCGCGCGGGCAGCUAGAGAGAGGAAGUUCACGGUGCUGAUCGCAGGCGUGGAAGAGUCGGAGCUCUCGUCGGGCUCUUCGACCGAAGCAACCGACCCGUACGCCGCGUUGCGGAAGAAACUAGCAAGCCACAAGAUUCCCGUCAUCAACCUUGUCGGCCCGGGAGCGAUGGCAUAUUUCCCCUUGACUACCAAGGUUCUCCUCGACGUCAAAUCCAUCACGGCGAGUGGUGGCGUCCUGGUCGAUGCCGGAGCCGGGCUGGUAGUGCGGGCUGCGUGCCAGUUCAAAAGGCCGGUAUAUGCACUUGCAGGUGUCUACAAGCUUUCGCCAGAUGAUCUCGAGGACCCGAAGCCAGUGCUCGAGUGGGGAAACCCCUCACCGCACGCAAAUUUUGCCGACGGCGCCCUCCUGGAUGGCAUCGACAUUCGGACGCCUCUUAUUGAAUAUUUGGGCCCUGAAAUGAUCAGCGCCUAUAUCAGCAAUCUUGGAACAACCUCAAGGCACAAUCUCUCAAGCAUCAUCAGGGACCAUUACAAACAAGAUGACAUAGCUGUGUUCAUUCAAUAA